AUACCAUACAAUUCUCAGGAAUGAACAAUGACGGAAAUCCUUUAAUGCAAAAGUGGUAGCGAAUCACCAAAUAUGUAGUGUUAAAUUGAUUUUGCUGUAGUAAUCAGACGAAUUCAACUUUGACCCUCAACCUCUCCUUCCAAUCUGCAAUGGGUGAGAAGAAGGAAGGGGAGGGGGAGACUCCCUCCAACCAGUCAACACCGACCCACAGACGAAAGCGUUCUCUUGAAAACGAUAAGCAGGAUGAUGGAGAACAUGAGACGAGACGGAGUCAUUCUCGUAAGAGCACUUUGGAAUCAAGGACAGAGCGCAAUAGUGAUGGUGAGGUGGUGCUUUAUAGGGCAAAGGAUGGCACAGAGUAUGAAGUUGGAGAUGAUGUAUACAUGGAAAGCCCCCGAGCUGAAAUGCCUUAUUUCAUCUGUGCUGUGCAUGAAUUCAAAGUGAGCAAGAGAGAUAAUGUCCAUGUGGUUGUGAAAUGGUAUUAUCGUCAAUCAGAAGUGCCUGAUUCGGUCUACCAGCUUCUCAUGCAAGAUAGGCAUGUGGAAAACAAUUCUGGUCAAGACCUUGUCACAGCGGAUCCUAUUGCCAAGAACAGAGAGCUCUUUAUAUCGGACACCAUAGAAACAUAUCCAGUAUCAGCUCUAAGGCGGAAGUGUACCGUGUACCAUUUCAAAGACAUCCAUGAAGCAAAGGACUUUGAGGCCACAUCAAACACAUUCUUCUACAUCCUCAGCUACAAUCCAGAAACAAGACGUCUUGCCGGUACCCAGGGUGAAAUCCGCGUCGGACCAAGCCACCAGGCUGUGCUACCCGAUAUCAGACCCAAGCUACCACCUUCUAGGGGUACUAAUCUGGAUUUUGAAGAGCUUAGCUGGAUGCCUGAUGUCAUGAAUGAUAUAGAUCUCAAGAUGUACCUCCAAGCAGCCAGGAGUAUGGCAGCCUUUGUUGGAAUGUGUGAUGGGGGAUCCCCUGAGGAAGGAUGUGAAGUAGCAUCGAAGGAUGAAACAACCAUCAAUGCUAUCACUGUGCUUCAUGAGAACCAUUAUAACUGUGGAAAGGCCUUGCAGGAGCUCGUCAAAUACCCAGUCCCGAGAUCUAUCGACAAGAAAUGGACGGAAGAAGAAACCAAACUGUUCAUCAGGGGACUGCGGCAGUUUGGCAAGAAUUUCUUCAGGAUUAGGAAAGAUUUCUUACAGCACAAGGAUACGAGAGACUUGGUUGAAUUCUACUACUACUGGAAGAAAACACCCGAAGCUAACCAUCAUCGCAUCUACAGACGUCAUCGCAGACAGAGCGUGCUCAGUCGCAGGAACUAUGGACGUAACAUCAGGCCGCCUUCUAGUGAAUUCUUGGAUCUGAGUUCAGCUAGUGAGUGUGAUCUUGACAGUGAUGACAGUGAGAAGAACCUAAGUGGAUACGCAUGCAGACACUGUUUUACAACAAGCUCAAAAGAUUGGCACCAUGGGGGAAGAGACAGAGUUCUCCUGUGUACAGACUGUCGAGUGUACUUCAAGAAGUAUGGGAUCCUUCAACCCAUCCAGAACCCACGUGCUCCUCCUGCCUUCAUGUUCAAACCUGUCCGGGAAGGCGAGUCCUUCGACGUCAAGAAGAAUCUACGCACAAGGAGACAUAGGGAAUUGGUGAACAGUUCAUCCCGUGCUGGUCGUAAUAAGCACUUAGACGGUGUGGCGAGUGAACCGAGCAGUCCUUUGAAUCACAGGAGAGGUAGUGGUACUUACAGCCAUAACUCGCCCAGUGAACUCAGUACAUCAAGCGAGGGCAGCAUCAAGUCUAAGAAAAUCAAGGUGGAGAGUGAUCAAGGUCCAGACAGCCCCGCCAGCUUGCCUCCAAGGAUCAAACAAGAACCGGAAGAAGAGGAGUUGGAAGAAAUGGAAGACAUGCCAGAGCAGGAGGUCGAACAGGAGGACGAGGUGGAGGAGGAAGAGGAAGAAGAAGAGGAGGAGGAAGAGGGGGAUGAAGAAGAAGAAGAAGAGGAGGAAGAAGAUGAAGAGGAGGAGGAAGAAGAGAAGAGAGAGAUUCAGAUGAAUGUUCAAGAUGUUGAAGCCGAUGUGCAGAAUGAUGAACCGUUUGAAGGACCGCCAACUUGCCAACAACCUAACCCACAAGCUGAUGUGGAAAAGGAGACCCAACCCGAACCACCUGUGGCUGGAUCUCCAAUGCCAGAGCGUCCUAUGCCAGAGCAUCCUGUUCCACAGCCACCUCUUAUUGAGCCUCGCGUUAUCGAGGAACCUCCUUCAGCACCACCUCAGAUAGAGCCAUCUGUCAAAGAGCCACCUGUUACAGAGUCACCUGUUACAGAGCCAACUGUUGCAGUGCCAACUGUUGCAGGGCCAUCAAUGCCAGAGACUGCUGAAAUCAAACAGACGAUUGAGAUUAAGAGAGAGCCUGUAGAGGAACAGCCCGCCCCAGAACCUGUGAUGCCAGCAGCUGUGCCAUCACCUGUACCUCACAGGCCCACCCUCCCAACCCCCGUCAUGCCUGUUAUCCUACCUCCAGGAGAAAAGAAGAGCGAAACACAACAACCCUUACCUCAUGGUUGCGUCCAACAGGUGUCUGCUGCUAGUACCAGGCAUGGACCGGCAGUGGUGCUACCACCCUUCACCUCUACAGCAGGUUUGUUCUCUCCAUUGGCCAUGGCUCAGAGGCGAGGUAGGGAUGCUGGAGAGAAAGAAUCUAGGAGGGAGAGGAGCUUUGAGACCAGUUUUGUGGACCACAUGAUUCGGACAGAGCUGGAAGCCAAGGAUCCGUCACCUAAGCGAGAACUUGAAGAGGACAAGGCGAGGGGCACUCCUACUGACAAAAAGGAGAUUCCUCUUGCUCCACCUCCGCCUAUGUAUCCUAUUGGUUUUCCAGGUGGUCCACCCAUGCCAGGGAUAAUGGGUAUGCCACUGAUUCCUGGUAUGUCCAUGCCUCAUAUCAAGGGAUUUCAGGCUCAUUUCCAGAAUAGGGACCAAAGGAAUGAAAGUCCAGAUCAACAGGCACUCAUCGGAGAGUCUUCAACAGGUGGGAGGCAAGCCGAGAGUGGGAGGAAGCCGGAAGAACAGGAAAGAAGUGAUGUAUAUCGCCAUGGCAGGGAUCAUGAACGUCCAUCCUCUGUUGAUGGAAAGAGUGCAGGAAAAAGCAGCAAGAAGGAUACGGAAUCCAUCAUCAUAGAUCGUCCUAGUCAGGACAGGGAGAAAGAAAAGGAGAUGGAACGUAGCAGGGCAAGAAUGGAUCCUCCACCAUUGGUGUACAGUGAAGGGUUGCCAAGUUUCCCCCAUCACGGAGUUGGAAUGCCUCAGAUGUACCAAAGGGGCGAGUCAGCUUACAUGCCUUAUGGAAAGGAACAUCCUACUAAACCAAGGGACAGUCAAACACCCCCAUCGAGACGAGAUCCUGAAGCUCGCGACAAACAAGAGAAUGUGUCCAAACCAAGGGAAACCUCUUUUGAGAAAGAGAGAAAGUCAAGUUCUCCUCGUCGGGAGGCAGAAGGGAAAACAAGCAAGAUGCAUCCAGAUGAACGGCCAGGGAUGUACCCACCGCAUUCUCUUCCGCAAGAACCUAUCAUGGUCGGUAAUAUGCGUAUCAAACAAGAGAUGCCACCAUAUGGCUACCCUCAUUAUCCUCCCUUUGAGCACCGACCAGGUCACCCUGACACCGCUAAAGGUGGACCAUCUUACCCACCCACCCAACCACUUCCUCAACCACCUACAUCGGCUGCUGGUGAUAAGGGAUCCUUUGAUAUCUCCAAGGUGAAGGCGGAAUUUGAAGCUGCCCAUAGGAGCAUCAUGGGUGACCCGAAGCGUAUGCAGCAGGCAUCCGUCAUCACUGAAAACAUUCUUGCACCUAGUGGAUCGCCAUCUGCACCACCUGUCCCGUCCCUGCUGCAUCCGACGAUGAGAUUCCCUGACGGGGCAAUCAAAGUCAAGUCAGAAGUGAGUGUCGAUGAGGAGGCAAAGAUACCAAGGGCGAUUAAAGAAGAGAGGAAAGAACCUGAAAAGAAUGAAGUAGAACGGAAUGAAGAAGCGGAAGAAGAGGAGGAAGAAGAGCAGUAUGAAGAUCUCGGUAAUCGUUCUCCAUCCCCAGAGCCUUUGAUGGUUGAUAGGCUUCUACACACAAGUUCUUCUGCAAAAUUCAUACGUCAUUGGUCACGUAGGAACAACUCCUGCAGUCGAACAGACCUCCUGUUCUCACCUCGAGAGGAUUCUAAAUGGAUGCGACGAUGUCGUGACCAAGAAAGAAAGAAGCGCUCUAGUAGUAGUCAUGAAUCAGAUAGAGAGAGGAGCUCUUCAGCCAGCCGUGAUGAAAAGAGCGCUGAAGCGAAGGAUAGAAUAGCUAGACGUCCUGAAACGCCCCCAGAGAAUACAAGUGCAGAUGCCCAGGUGGUAAGUUCUCUGACCACAACCCGAGUGCCAAGCAGUCCAGGAUAUCCCCUACCACCGGGAUCAAGGCAGGGGCAAUACCCAGGACCUGAAACACCAGCCCUUCGUACACUCAGUGAAUACGCUAGGCCUCACUCCAACCUACCACCGGGAAUGCUACCGAACCUGAUCGGACCAGACCCCAUCCUGAGGUACCAGCUGGAGUCUGCGUACGUCAUGGGAAACAGAGAUGCGCAGAUCGACCUGGUGGAACGGGAGAUGAGGGAAAGGGAGCUUCGCGAGAGGGAAAUGCUUGAGCUUAGAGAGAGGGAGUACCAAGGAAUGAGGGAGAUGGAAAUGAGAGAGAUGGAGAUGAGACAGAAGAUGGGUUUUGAACAGGUGUAUGGGGUUCGGCCUGAUGGGGUACCAAUGAAUGCUUUCAUGGCCCAAGAAGCGCAGGCUGCUCAUGCGUCGGCGGUACAACAGGCCCAUGCAGCCCAGGCGGCUCAUGCGGCACAGGUUGCUCAUGCCCAGGCAACUCACGCACAAGCAGCUCAUGUGCAAGCAGCGAGAGAGGCGCAGUCAGCUCACGUCCAGGCUGCCCAUGUCCAAGCUGCCAGAGAGGCCCAAGCACAAGCUGCUCAUGCCCAGGCAGCUCUUGUUCAAGCAACCAGAGAUGUUCAUGCAGUCAGGGAGGCACAGGCGGUGAGGGAAGCCGUGGUCGCAAGAGAAGUGCAGGUUGCGAGGGAAGUGCAAGCCGCGCGUGAGGCCCAGGCUGCGAGAGAGGCACAGGCUGCCCGUGAAGCGCAAGCAGCCAGGGAAGCCCAGGCAGCACGCGAAGCGCAAGCAGCGCGUGAAGCUCAGGCUGCAAGAGAAGCACAGGCUGCCCGUGAAGCACAGGCGGCCAGGGAAGCGCAAGCUGCAAGAGAAGCACAAGCGGCGAGAGAGGCUCAGGCUGCAAGGGAAGCCCAGGCAGCACGGGAGGCACAAGCUGCACGCGAGCGUGAGCGCGAGGCUCGCGAGAGAGAACAAAGGGAAGCGCGUGAACGGGAGGCUCGCUCUGCUCACCCGGAACCUCCCCAUCCUGUCAUGCACCCUGCAGCAGCUGCAUACCUCCAUGCUGUUGAUAGGGAAAGGCAUCUGAUGGGCCCACCGCAAAGCAGUGAACAUUUAGCUGCCAGUGCAGAGCGCCUGAAUACUGAGCGUUUGCAUUCUGAACGUAUGGCUAUGAUAGCUGAUCCAAGGAUUGACCCUCGUGUAGACCCUAGGGUAGAUCCAAGGGUAGAUCCUAGGGUGGACCCAAGAAUAGAUCCCAGAGUUAGUCCCUGCUCAGAGCAUCCUAUAGAUCCUAGAUUAGACCCAAGGGUGAAUCCUGGAAUUCUCACCCCUACCAGUCGUAUCCCCACCCCUCACCAUCAUUCCCACUCCCACUCUCACACACACCUACAUUUCCAUCCCCAGGAACACAUACACCAUACCUAUAUCCCACCAUCUGGACUUAUCCCCCCUCCCUCUGGAGACCCCAACAUUGUGCCCCCUCACAUUCCCUUUGGACCGACCCCGGUACCCAUGCCCCCGCACUCCAUGGUAAGCCCCGUACCCCCUCCACAGGGCCCUGUACCCCAUCCUCGUAUGUUUGCCCCACCUCAUGGUAUCAUAGGUGACCCGGUGGCUGAACAGCUCCACAGAGAGCAGAUACAGAGACAAAUGCUAUCAGAAAGACCACCCCAUAUCUGAACUGCUCCACAAAAAUUAAAUGUAAAGGCAAUUUUAUCAGAAAGACCAGCCAAUAUCUGAACAUGUCCACAGAGAUCGGAUACAGAGAUAAAUGUUAUCGGAAAAACCACCCCAUAUCUGAAUCCACAAUUGUGCACAACAAGUUGUACACAGAACAUUACGGAGACAAAUGCACAUAGGCUAGUAUCUUGAAAGAUAUUAAACUGGGAAAUGUAUAUCAAAUCAUCUUUAAAUCAAUAGUUUCCAGUUAGUGAUUCCUUGAGGAAUUAGAUCAAGGUUGGAUAUUUUGUGUUGAAAUAGAAUGAGGAAGGAAACACAUUCAUAGCUUUUCUGUCUGUUGACUGUUGUAUCGUUGAUGUAUUCAUGGGAUACUUUGUCUCAAGAAGAAUAUAAUUUUAUACAACUCAGAGUACGAUUGUUAAUGUUGAUAAUGUUGAAAUCCACAUGAGUGGAGAACUGGAAGAUUUAUUGGGUAUUCAUGCAGUAUCCAAGGUCACUCUCUCUUUUUAUAGAGUUGAUGUAUUUCUCAAGCACAUAAACCGUCGAGUAUAUGAUUUGUAAAUGAAUAAGUAAUAUAAUUUUUUGUAACAUUUUUUGUACAGAUAAUGAUCAAAAUCUAUUGAAAGCAAAGCUAACCUGAAUGUAUGAAACGGUGCCUGUUUUUAUUCAUACAUAUUCCUUUGAUUUGAUGUAAAGUUCACAAAUCAUGCUGUUAAAAAAAUUUGUUGAUCAUUCUUUGACUUGUGGGCCUGGUCUUACAAAGAAUUGUGAGUGAUUUGAUCAAUCACAACUAUGGCAAGCCAUCAAAGCCAACUGUUUGUUUAUUCAGUGUUUUCUAAAUGUGAUGAAUAUUCAUGGGUGCAUAAUUGUUUUGACCAAUCAGUGAGCUCCUAUUUGUCUCCAAUUCCAAAGAGAAAUCGUGUACAUACAUGUCUUAUAAGACAAAUUAUGAUAUUGAUGGAUUUCCUUAGUUGAGAUUGAUCAGGAGCUGGCAACAAAAAGCUUAGUAAUCAUUGUUGUACUCAUUUACGACUGAUUCUAUUUACUUUAAUGUACAAUUAAUUGAAAAUCAAGCGUACGAUUAAUCGCUAACCUUUGUGUUAAUAGACCCAGAUCAAUCACAUUGCUUUGUAAGACAGGACCCUAGUGUAAAUAUAUGUAAAUGUUUUGUCCAAUAUAACCAAUAGCCUGUAUGAAGUAGACACGUUUGUUCAUCAUCGUCCUGUACAUUGUAUUGUAAUGAUGACGAUUUUCUCUGUGGGGUUCUUUUAAUAUGGAUUACUAUUUAUAA